UUGUCUGACUCAUUUGCCAGCGAGGAGCUCUAUGACGCAUUGCGCAAAGACCUUACCUAUUCGUCAGGACUGAUGGUCGAGUUAUCCCAUGAACGUAUCCGCAUGUUAUCAGGCUCUGAAGAGGGUAUGGAUGCUUGGAUUUCAGUCAAUUAUCUGUUGGGCAAACUCGGGUAUUGCGCUGUCAUUUGA